AUGUCGGCCGCCAUGAAACGAGCAGCGAGGGUUCGUCGUCGGCACCAACUGUAUCUCGCAUUGUCCCUGUCACGACAGAGAGUGUACCGGGACCGAGAGAACCCGCUGGAGUACCUGGAGGACGGUGAACUGCAAAGACGGUUUCGAUUUACGCGAGAGGGGAUAUUCUUUAUCACCUCUCUUGUCGCUCACGACAUCGAGCCCUCGACCCGUCGAAGUCAGUCGCUUCCGUCGUCGCUACAGGUACUCCUCACGCUGCAGUAUCUCGCAACCGGGAACUUUCUAAUCACGGCAGGUGACAUAGUGAGUGUGCACGAGUCGACGGCGUGCUGCGUUCUGCACAGGGUCGUCGCUGCACUUUGCAGGCGAGUGAACAGCUUCAUCCGAGCAGCGCAGCAUGACUUCUACGAGUUGGCUGGAUUUCCUGGGGUCGUGGGAGCUGUAGACGGCACGCACGUCCGCAUCCAGGCACCGUCGGAACACGAGGGAUCCUACGUCAACCGCAAGAACUACCAUUCGAUCAAUGUUCAACCGAUCGUAGCGGCUGACUGUAGGAUCUUGGAUGUGGUCGCAAACUGGCCAGGAAGCACCCAUGACUCCCGGAUUCUGCGCGACAGCACCAUAGGCAGGGAGUUCGAACGUGGGGUCCACACUGGACUUCUCCUGGGGGACAGUGGUUACCCAUGCAAACGCUGGCUCAUGACUCCGUUCCUCCAGCCACGAGACAGACCGCAAGCGAAUUACAACACUUCGCAUUCGACAACGCGGGCUGUCGUUGAACGGACGAUUGGCCAGCUGAAGCGGCGGUUUCACUUCCUUCACUCGGAACUGCGUGUUGCAACCCGGCACUGCUGCUCCAUCAUCACGGCGUGCUGCGUGUUGCAUAACAUCGCCAAGCAGUUCGGCAGCGAAGUUAGGGAGUCCCCCAGAGAUUCCGACGACGACGACCCUGUAAUGGUGCCCCGUUACGAGGGGCAGCAAGAUGGAUUCCUUUACAGGAAUGCAAUCGUGCGGCAGCACUUUACAUGAGUGCAAGUUGACUACUCAACACAU